GCGGCAGGAGGUAGAUCGUGUUUAGGAUAUAAUUUAUGCGAACAACAACACAGCGAAGUGAAGUGAAAUAGAGUUUCGCGUAAUGUUAUCAACAGCAAAAAAAUAAAUAUCGACUGCAUAGAAUUUUAGUUGUCGAAAAUAGACAGUGUUUGGUGUGAGCGCAAAUCUUAGCGUUUAAAGCUUCUGGUGGUUAGUGAAAACGUUACAUGAAAGUUGUAAGUUAUUUCGCGAAACAUUUCACAGUAGUCAAUUAAAAGUAAGCUUUUUUCUCAUAAAGAAAAGGUGUAUCAAAACGUUAAGAGACAUAAGGAAUAAAAAUGAAAAAAACACAAAUAAAUCAGUGUUUGAAUACCAUCUGAGACAUACAUAAAAAGAGCAGUUCUAUGACCAUGAACCACCCACCUUCGCUAAGCGACAGUUACAUACACAUAUACAUACAUACAUUCUAAUAAACAACACAAACACAAAAGCACAUUCCCUCGUUAUCGACAAAAAAUGCUGACGUAAAAUCUAAAAAACAAAGAAUUAAAACAAAAAAAUCUAGUUGAAGAACUCGUCGACGGCAGCGACAAGGACACGCAUUAAAUGCAGCAGCGCGUGCUUUAUGUUAAUUAUCAAAGGUUAAGCGCGAAUCCCUGUGAAAAUUGUGUGUGUGAAAAUCAAAUGCAAAGCUCAGCAUAAGCUCUACAACAAAAAAGGAGCACACAGCUCACAAAAGCAAUGCUUUCGUGAAAGGAAAACUAAAAAAAAGUAAAAGCAAAACAAAAGAAUUCAAAAAUGUAGAGCCAGCGACGCAUAAAUCAUUUACUCAGAUUUUGUUUGUUCGUGUUGUUGUUGUGACCCUUUCCCUCUUUCAAGCCAGCAGCGUUUAAUUUAGGGGCAAAUGUGAAGCAAACAUUUCAGACGCUCCCACAAUCAUAGAAUUCAUCAAAAACCGCGUGGAAACCGUGUUUAGAAAAAAGAAAAAAAUAACUAUUUUUAAUUUUCACAUUUAUACGGAAUCGCUUUUAUUUUCGACCUUAAUUUAUCAUAGUUGCUUACACGCUUUUCCUUUCACCUCUUCCCCAAACAGCAGGCGUACGACUGAAUUGCGUGCAGAACAUUUUGAGUGUAAACUUAUUAAUAAUUAAUUAAUAUUGAAGAAAGUGUAGACGCUGAGCCUCACGUUCAGUGAAAAGCUCACGCAAAGGUAAAAACUAAUACAAAAAACUACUACUUCAGAAAAAAAACCACGCAAAAAAAUGCAGCGACUAGUAAAAUAUACAGCUUGUCGUAUAUCCAACUAAGACUGCAGAUAGAAAGAAAAAAUUUCACAUAUCAAGUGCAAAAAAAAAGAAAGCAAUACAUACAACACAAUAAAAGAGACACAUGUCUCCCAAAUAGAACUAACUGAAAUUGCAUAUCGCGCAAGCUCUGCACCGCAAACAACAUUCGCCGAGCAGUAUAUCCUUUCAAUGAAGAUACUCAAUAUGCACUCAUGUGCACUAACAAAGUCCUAAACUCAACUAACUACCAUACGUAACAGCUGAGUCGGCGAUUAAAAAAUCGGAAAAAAUGCAAAAUCAACAAAAACUACUCUACAUCACCUGCCGCUACAGGCCAAGGCAGCCGUGCUCACAUCCACAUACACAUCCAUUUCACCUCUGCCGGAAGUCGCUGUCGAAAACAACACAGAACCGCAUCAAAUUUCCUAACUCAACUCGCUUGCUGCCACCACUGUGGCCACAUCUACUCAUCUCGCUACUGCUACUCAUCGGCCAGCCACCUGUGUCGCUGGCCACACGCUAUAAUCGCCAAAGUUCGGGUCAUAUUUCGUAUGGCGCCGCAAGUGGCGGCAAUAGUCUAACCACGCCACACUUUCCCCUCGAUGCCACCAAUACCGUGUACGCAGGUGGCGCUGUCGGCAAGCAUCACGCCGCCAACAUCAAUAACGAUGUGUACUCGGUGGCCGACAGCCAGGCCAUGACCGAUGACUAUAUGGCGCAGUUCGGUAAGCUACCUGCACCACCAUCACCGCCAGCAGUACUACCACCGCCACCGGCAGUACUGCCACCAGUUUUACCACCACCAUAUCACACGCACACGCACGUGCCCGCUGCGGACAACACGUUAAUUAUACAUCAGCAGCCACAGCUGAGCAGCUGUCAGACGGUGUGUGCGUGCAAGUGGAAGGGCGGCAAGCAGACGGUGGAGUGUAUUGACCGGCAGCUCAUACAAAUACCCGAGAAUAUCGAUCCGUCAACACAGGUGUUGGACAUGUCGGGCAAUAAGCUGCAAACGCUGUCGAAUGAGAAAUUCAUACGCGCAAAUUUGUUGAACUUACAGAAAUUGUAUUUGCGCAGCUGCAAGAUAGGCGAAAUUGAGCCGGAAACAUUUAAGGGUCUCACCAAUCUGGUCGAACUGGAUUUGUCACAGAAUUUGCUAGUAGUGGUGCCUUCGCUGGCAUUAAGUUAUAUCUCCUCGUUGCGCGAAUUGACGCUCGCUUCCAAUCACAUACACAAGAUCGAGUCAAACUCGUUCGCCAGUACGCCUGCGCUACACAAGCUGGAUCUGUCGCACUGUGACAUACAGUCCAUAGCGCCACUAGCCUUCGAUGGUCUGGAAGGUCUGACGCUGCUGCGCUUGAACGGCAACAAGCUGAGUGUGCUACUGCCACGCACGAUCGAGACCCUGAGUAAGCUGCACGGUAUCGAACUGCACGACAAUCCGUGGCUAUGCGAUUGUCGCAUGCGUGAUGCGAAACUAUGGUUGACGCAGAAGAAUAUACCUUAUCCGGUGGCACCACUGUGCGCAGGUGGACCCGAGCGAAUAAUAGAUCGCACCUUCUCUGAUCUGCAGGUCGAGGAUUUUGCCUGCCGGCCAGAAAUGUUGCCCAUCAGCCAUUAUGUGGAGGCGACAAUGGGUGAGAAUGCUUCGGUGGUGUGUCGCGCAAAAGCUAUUCCAGCUGCCGUCAUGAAUUGGUAUUGGAAUGGUAGGCUACUAGCGAACAACAGCGCAUUCAGUUCCUAUCAACGCGUGCAUAUCUACGAGAGUGGACACUUCGAGAAACAUUCGCGUUUAGUGAUAACAAAUGCGCAGGAAACGGACUCCAGUGAAUUUUACUGCGUUGCGGAAAACCGUGCAGGCACUGCGGAGGCCAACUUCACGUUACAUGUGAGUAUGCGUGCCGCAGGCAUGGCGUCGUUGGGCAGCGGACAAAUUGUUGGCCUUAGCGCGGCGUUGGUAGUGUUAAUCGUAUGCAUUUUGCUGGCGGUUAUGUUCCUGCUCAUGCGUGUCAAGCGCCAGCCGUACACCGAAAGCAAGACGCCCAACCACAUGGAGGUGGUGACGAGUGGUAAUCAUCAGAAUUCUAUAACGAACAAGCAGCAACCUAUAAACGGAAAUGGAAGCAUGGGGGGCGUAGUUAUUGUCAAUGGCGACAUACCUAAUUAUAUUGACGCAGCUGGCUCAUUGGAACGAAAGAGCAGUGCAGCAAUGGCGGCGAAUGAGGCGGGCUUUGCCAACCCUGUACAGAAACCACCGCGCCUCACCGAUCUGCCAUACUCCGCAACUGGCUAUGACAAUAAUGGCAGCGUACUAUCCACGGCACCCUGCUUUCUCUCGCCCACGGCGUCGGCUGGCAAUAACCCAGAUCUCAUUAAUGACACAAAACGUUACGGCAGUGAUGAAUUCGUCGAUUUAAGAAUACCAGCAAUAUUGACGGCAAAUUUGGGCACCGAACUGGGCAACUCGAGUGGUGAAUACAGUCGCGCGGGUGGUUGUGAUUCCCUCUACCCCUCGGGCUUGUGGGAGAAUUCGCCUACGGGCACCUCCUCUGCCGACGACCUCUACCUGAAGCGUUAUACUGAUAAGACGCCUAUCAUGGAGUCACACCAACUUUACGACUUGCAUGAACGCACCGUCGACUACUUCAGCAAAACAUUCCCGCGCUCGCACUAUAACAACUUACAGCUCGCCGGUGGAUUGGCGCCCACCAAUAGUAAUGAAACAGUUGGCUCCAAUGGUAUGCUGCACAAUCCCUCCACCUCAUCGGCAGCGAUGCUGCAUAACUCAAAUGGCGGUGGUAUGGGUGGCAUGAGUGGCGGUGGUACGCAUUCGACGGCUUCAACAACCACCACUAAUCUUUCGGGUUCGUCCAGCGCUGGUGUUAGCGCCGGCGGCGGCUAUCCCAACGAUUACGGCCUACCACUGGUACCAGGCGCGGAACACCAACACAAUCAUCACCUACAAAUGCAUCCACUGCAACAGUUGCAGCAACAUAUGUCAGCGGCAGCGGCGAGUCAACACGGUAGCGUUAGCGGUAGCAAUCAUAGUAGCCCACAUUUCACCAGCAGAACACUACCGCGAUUACAUGAGCACAACAGCAGCGGUAGUAAUAGUGCUGGCGCUGGACUUACUAGCUCAAGAUCAUCGCCCACGCCUACGGCAGCGGCAGUGUCGACGACUGUGAAGCAGAACGCAACGGGGCAAGCGCACACCUCGAUACUACCGAACGGACAACCGGUGAACGCCAAAACAUUACGCGUGUGGCAGAAGGGUGGUGUACCAGUGUUGCCGCCAGUCACCGCGCUGAAGCGAGCGCUAACGAGCACUAAUCGCAACUCACCGGACGAGGGUUACCAGGAGGGUUGCGGUACGGAUGUGUAAAAUCAGCGAGCGAACGGUGGGACAGCGGAGUCCUCCUGCGCUGCAGACUAAUAAGAAGACUUGCAAUUACUAAUAUUUUGUAAAAAAAUUUAUCCUAGUAUAAUAUUUUAUUUCAAAACAUAUCUAGGUAUAAACGAUAUUUUGUGUGUAUAUUUUCUAAUUCUUUUUUUUUUAAUUUUUCGUCCCGUAAAGCGUUUUUUUGUAUAUAAUUUUUGUUAUUAUUAUUAUUUUUUUCAAAUCAGACUUCAGAAUUUGUUUAAUUAUUUAGAGAUUUUUGUACUGGGUAGCUGCUCUUCCAACUCACUCGUAAGCAAUGUAUGCGUGCGUUGGACCGUACGUUCGCGUAACUACUACUACUGCGGCUAGCAAGUGGUACAAAAAUUUAAUGUGAUAGUGUUUGAGUAAUUUAUAACUGAAGAUAAUAAUCGAAAAGAAAAAAAAUAAACGAAAAGAAUAAUAUAAACAAGUAAAAUUAAAAAAAAUAUAUAUAUAUAUAUAUAAUGUUUUGUCACAAGAUAUAAAUGCAUAAGUCACUUAGUAAAUGAAUUUCGAAUGCAUAACUACAAGUAUACUUUUAGGGUUAGUGUAAAUAAAUAAUUAUAAUUAAUAAGUAAUGUAAGAAAACUAUAUAAUAAUAAGUUGUAGUAAAACAUACUAAACAUAAGAUAAAUAAAUAUGAAUCGCAGUGUUUCAAAGUUGUGAAAAUAUGUAUAAAAAGAAA